AUGUGGAACCGAGCAAGGGUCAAGACUGGCAGCCUACAGGCGCUGGCGCAGCUGAACCGACUUUCACGUAGGUACAAGAUCGAGAAGGUACAGAAACUAUCCGCCAACUUCGAGCGUGCGUGUUGGCGUUCGGUUCGGACUGCUGAAGAACGUGCCUAUCACCAGAAGUACGCGUUCUUACGCCAUUGCGUGGAUAUGAUCAACUUCCGCAAGGCAGACAACAGGUCCCGUCGUGUACCACUACCCAAUUCGGCAGUUUCUUUGGCAAGCCAAUUCACAGGCAGCAACAGUUCGCAGCUGCAGAAGCGCGUACAGAGCCAUAUCGACGAUCUUACAGCUGGGCUGCCCAGUUGCCUUUCCGACACCGACGCGUCGCUAGUGGCAGCAGGCGGAUCCCACACAGCACAGUUGAUUUCAAGAUGCCGUUCACAUGGUUUGACGAUGGCUGAAUGUGAGAGGGCAGUAUGCGCAUUGUCGGAGAUCGCCAGGCUGCGUACGUUGCAUGCCCGGCUGGCAUCAUAUACAACACACACAGAGGGUGUUGAAGACAAAUGUUAUACGAAACGUGAGUUAGAGCUCAUGAUUUCUGGCGAGUCUGGCUGCCAGUAA